AUGGAAAUUAUUGGGAUAAGGAUGGAUGGUGGGGAUAAGGAUGGUGGGGAUGGGGAUGGUGGGGAUGGGGAUGGUGGGGAUGGGGAUGGUGGGGAUGAGGAUGGUGGGGAUGGGGAUGGUGGGGAUGGGGAUGGUGGGGAUGGGGAUGGUGGGGAUGAGGAUGGUGGGGAUGGGGAUGGUGGGGAUGGGGAUGGUGGGGAUGGGGAUGCGGACGCUGGGAGUUGUGCAGCUUGUCUGUGGUCUCGCCUAUUUCCCCUCUUCCCCCCCCCUCCGCUCCUUUUCCCUCCAUCCUCACCUCCUUUCCCUAUGUUCCCUCUCCAACACACUUGCAUACACUAG